AUGGAGGGAGAGGAGGAGGAUCGGAUUCUUCUUAGAAGAUUGGGCGUCGACUCUGCCAACCCCGAAGACAUUGAGCGCGACAUCCUUGGCAAGGUGACUAUCCCAUAGUCUCUUCGCCUUCAUCCUUUUCAUUUAUAUAGAACUUUCUCGCGACGAAACCGUGGUCAUUGGAUUUCUUAUUAGUUACUUCAUUAACGCCACUGUACCGUCUUACUUGGGUAAAAACCAGUAAUACGAGUCCACGGGGGAACUAAUAACUUUGAUGUACGAAUAGAGAAGUAGAGACCAGAAACUGAUGGCACGCUCAAGUUGUCUCUGCAAGUCUUGAAUGUCAAUUCUGUUUAUGACAUUGAUAAAUUGGUGUUCAAUCUUGUAAAGUUGUUAAUUAUCAGAUCUAAAAUGUCAGUUAAUCUGUAUCGCCCUAUAGAUUAUAAUCCUGCUGGUUAUUUGACUGGUAGCAUUUAAACUCCGGCCAUUCUAUGUCUCCAGGUAGAAAAUGACGUUGGGCAUGGAAAGGAGGAUGAAAAUACUCCCGAAGAGCAGGUUCACGGCGAUGAGGACGAUGCAGACCCAUCAUCCAGUUCUCACAUAAAACUUUAUAAUAAGCUGCGAGCUGUAGAAAUUGAAAUAAAUGCUGUUGCUUCAAGGAUUGAAUGGUCCAAAGAUGAAACCAGUGAUGAGGGCGAUCUUCUGUACCACAACAAUACCAGGGAUUCUGAUGAUAAUAAUGAUGCAAGUGGUUGCCUUGAUGCUCCCACCGAUGGUCUGACUCUUCAACAGGCUCUAACUGCCGAUCGCCUAAGAAGCCUUCAAAAAACUAAGGCUCAACUCGAGAAAGAAAUUGACAGUUUGGACAAGGAUAUUCCUAUCAAAAGAGUUGGUCAGGGUAGGCUACUUGAUAAGUUAGUUCAAGAAGAGCCUAAGCAGAAGAAGCGUGGGCGAAAAGAGGUCCAACCAUCUGUUACCAGUUCAAAGAAGCAGCCCAAGUCCAUUUCAUAUGACGCAGAUGCUGAUUUUGAGGUUGUGCUUGAUGCAGCUUCUGGAGGGUUUGUUGAAACUGUGAGUGUCUAUUUUUCCUACUCCCCGGCAUUUUUUCGGGGUAGCAACCUAGAAACUUGGUUUGACUCUUUUUUACUUAAUUAUUUUUGUUAUUACUUGACGAUCUAUAAGUUUUUUUCGUUCCUUGUGUUUUACUUUGACAUGUGACUGUCAACUUUCUUAGGAAAGGGAAGAAUUGAUACGCAAAGGCAUCUUGACUCCAUUUCAUAGGCUUAAGGGCUUUGAGCGGCGUAUUCAAGAACCUGGGCAAUCAAGCAAUCAGCAUGUUCCUGUGGAGGAAACAAUCGAGAAUCUUACCUCAUCCAGCAUUGAAAGAGUUGCCCAGUCUAUGUCAGAGAUUGCUCGGGCUCGUCCCACAAGCAAACUUCUCGAUGCAAAAGAUUUGCCAAAGCUGGAUGGCCCAACCCGGCCUUUUCAAAGACUAAGAACACCACUUGGCCGCACAGAUCCUCAGCACGCUGACAAGACGAAGAGAAAACGAAAGACAAGAAAGCUAAAGAGACCCCUACCCGAGAAGAAGUGGAGAAAAUUGUCCGAGGACAGACAGGCAGAAGUAGGUAAAUUCGUCUUAACCCAUUACAAUACAAGGAAUUAUAGAAGGAACAUGUCACAGCAUUAUCAUGGUUCGAGAGUACAUAUAUAUAUAGAUGUGCAUAUAUAGUAGGUAAAUUCGUCUUAACCCAUUACAAUACAAGGAAUUAUAGAAGAAACAUGUCACAGCAUUAUCAUGGUACGAGAGUACAUAUAUAUAUAGAUGUGUAUAUAUACAUGCAUUUAAAGUAUCAUCCUUUCCCACAAUGCGAAACCCCGGCUAUAUCUGCUAAAUGAAAUGCAUGUGACUAUCAAUAUAUUAUUCUUGUACAAGAAAAAUAUUGGAACAAACUUUUACCAUUUUUCCAUAAAUCCCACGUCUCUAACAUAUUCUCCUUGACUUAUAAUGUUUGCCACCAGACGGUGGUGCCAGUGAUGACCUUGUUUCCUCGGAACAUGAUGAGGAAAAUCGAGGAGCAGUCGAGGAUGCGACCGACAAUGAGGAGCCCUGUGUUGUGCUCGAAGGGGGUCUAAAGAUACCCGACCUGAUCUUCUCCAAGCUCUUCGACUACCAGAAGGUCGGAGUGCAAUGGAUGUGGGAAUUACACUGCCAGAAAGCCGGUGGAAUCAUCGGCGACGAGAUGGGCCUGGGGAAGACCGUCCAGGUCAUAUCCUUCCUCGGCGCCCUUCACUUCAGCGGACUGUACAAGCCCAGCAUCGUCGUCUGCCCCGUCACCCUCCUGCGGCAGUGGCAGAGGGAGACGCAGAAAUGGUACCCCAAGUUUCAGGUCCACAUUCUUCACGACUCCGCUCAUGGCUCCGGGAAGCAGGUCAAGCACCACCCUGAAGAUCACUCCGGAAGCGAAGCUUCGAUGUACAGCAGCGAUGACGACCAAGAGGAGGAGCAGCAGCAGCAGCCAACGGUGGCGAGGUCGACGACAAGACGGAGAUGGAACGACCUGAUCAGAGCCGUCACAGGGUCGGACUCUGGGUUGCUCCUCACCACCUACGAGCAGCUGCGGAUUCUCGGGGAGAAGCUGCUGGACAUCGAGUGGGGUUACGCGGUGCUCGACGAGGGCCACCGGAUCAGAAACCCCAACGCGGAGGUCACCCUGGUCUGCAAGCAGCUCCAGACCGUGCACCGGAUAAUCAUGACAGGGGCCCCCAUCCAGAACAAGCUGGCGGAGCUCUGGUCCCUCUUCGACUUCGUCUUCCCGGGGAAGCUCGGUGUGCUGCCCGUCUUCGAGGCGGAGUUCGCCCUCCCCAUCACCAUCGGCGGCUACGCCAACGCCACGCCAUUGCAGGUCUCCACGGCGUACAGGUGCGCGGUGGUGCUGCGGGAUCUGAUCUUGCCCUACCUCCUCCGGCGGGUGAAGGCCGACGUGAACGCGCAGCUCCCCAAGAAGACCGAGCACGUCCUCUUCUGCAGCCUCACCCCGGACCAGCGGGCAAUCUACAGGGCGUUCCUGGCCAGCGCGGAGGUGGAGCAGAUCUUCGACGGGAGCAGGAACUCCCUCUACGGCAUCGACGUGAUGAGGAAGAUCUGCAACCACCCGGAUCUGCUGGAGAGGGAGCACUCGGCGCAGCACCCGGACUACGGCAACCCGGAGCGGAGCGGGAAGAUGAAGGUGAUCGAGCAGGUUCUGAGGGCCUGGAAGGAGCAGGGCCACCGGGUGCUCCUGUUCACGCAGACCCAGCAGAUGCUGGACAUCCUGGAGAGCUUCCUCAGCUCGAGCGGGUACGUCUACCGGAGGAUGGACGGCCUCACGCCGGUGAAGCAGCGGAUGGCGCUGAUAGACGAGUUCAAUCAUUCGACCGAGGUGUUCGUCUUCGUUCUGACCACUAGAGUCGGCGGCCUGGGGACGAACUUGACCGGCGCCGACCGCGUCAUCAUCUACGACCCCGACUGGAAUCCCUCCACGGACAUGCAGGUAUGAUCAGAGAUUUCAUUCAUUCCAUCAUCAUCAUCAUUAUCUGGGUUGUAUUAAAUGCGAUUCUUUUGAAUGAAGAAGGGAAGAAUUGAGAGUUUUUAGCUUGUGGGUGUGGGCAGGCGAGGGAGCGGGCGUGGAGGAUCGGACAGACGAGGGAUGUGACGGUGUACAGGCUGAUCACGAGGGGGACGAUCGAGGAGAAGGUCUACCACCGGCAGAUCUACAAGCACUUCCUCACCAACAAGAUCCUGAAGAACCCACAGCAGAGGAGGUUCUUCAAGUCCAGAGAUCUGAGGGACCUCUUCAACCUGCAAGACGACGUCGAGGGCGGCGGCGCCACCGAGACCUCCGCCAUCUUCAAGGAGCUCUCCUCCGGGGAUGUGGGUCCCAGGGCCGCGGCGGCGGCGGAGGAGGAGGAGAAUGGGCAGGGCGGCGGCAGCGGCGGGGAGGUGGAUGAGGAGACGAACGUGCUCAAGUCGCUUUUCGACGCCCAGGGGAUCCAUGUAAGUCCUCUUCAUCCUCAUCUUCUUGCUCCCUCUCUGCUUCCUUUAUUUUUGGUGUGUAGCUUCUGUAAUGGCUGCCGCCGCCGCUCGACUGACCUUUCAUUGUGGCUUCUUUCUCUCUCUGUCUCUCUCUCUCUCUCUCUCUAUCUGGCAGAGCGCGAUGGACCACGACGCGAUCAUGAACGCGAACGAGGGCGAGAAGAGGAGGUUCGAGCAGCAGGCGUCGCUGGUGGCGCAGAGGGCGGCGGAGGCCCUGCGGAGGUCCCGGAUGCUCCGAAGCCGGGACGGCGUGGCCGUCCCGACCUGGACGGGGAGGUCCGGCGCCGCCGGGGCGCCGCCCUCCGUCCGCCGGAAGUUCGGCGGCGCCACCAACCCCAGGCUGCGACCCUCGGCGGCGGCGGCGCCGCUGCCGUCGGGGACGCAGCCGGGCCUCGCCGGUAGGGCGCUCUCUUCUGCGGAUCUGCUGGCCAGAAUUAGAGGAACCCAGGAGGAAGCCGCUCGGGAGGGGUUCCGGAACCAGUCGCCGCCGCCAUCGUCGUCGUCUCGUCGGAGCCCGGCGGGGUCGAGUUCCUCCGGUGGGGUGCCAGCGGAGGUGCUGAUCCGGCGGCUCUGCUCGUUUUUGCAGGAGCGGGGAGGCAGCGCCGGCUCAGGCUCCAUCGUGGAGCACUUCAAGGAGAGGGUACCCCCCGGGGACCUGCCCCUCUUCAGAAGCCUCCUCAAGGAGAUCGCCGUCUUGGACAAGGCCGAGGGCGGCGCGGCCUUGUGGGUUCUCAAGCCCGAGUAUCGCUAG